AAUGCUCAGUACAGUAGGAGGUGACUGGAUUUGGAGGAGGGGAGGAGGGAGGCAUCUUUGAAAUAAUCCUCUCUGCUUGGCUGACCUUGCCAUUCAAUCUGAAGUUACUACUUGGAAUAACCAUGGUCCCCCAUCCUGAAUUAUUCAUAGCAAGGAAACAAAAGCCAUUGGGCUCAAGCUGGGUAGGUAGAGAGGGCGAGGGGUGUUGUACUGUCAGUUUCAAUGCAGAGUGUGUUGGAUAAAAUAGCAGAAGACUGAGACUUUACUAUGGCAGGGCUCCCGAGCACUUUGCGCUGCCAAGCAUGACCGCAGAGUUUGAAAAACUUCUCAGUGUCACCCCGGAGCUGUGCCCACACAAAGCCCUUUGAUCAAUUCCUUAGCAUGUUAGCCUGAAGAAAUUCUUGCAGAAAGUUCACAGUAUGAUCAGAAAUGGCAGCGGGUUUGGCAGUAUUGCAUGGGAGAAGGCUAGCACGCGAAUAGCGAGGUGCCAUGGUACUGCAGUGGAUGGUAGUGGCUCAUACUCUUUGCGAUUUCCACUGGCAUGUCCGCAAAUGAAAAUGUUACCCCUUUGGUGCCAUUCUACCAACGGUAGACUCAUCCCAUUGUGGCUGUGCGACACUUGCCUCUUGGUAGAGAACAGUUGCAUUGUCAUUGCGAGUGAAGAUCAUUUGGUAAUGGAUCAAUAAGAAAUGAGUCGCAAACAGGAUGUUGACUCAAGCUCUUUCUCUUUGACACUAAAGGCAGUGCAACCCUUGUACUGGGAUUAUUUCCUGCUUUAGCAGCAGUGGCGUUUUCCCUCCAUGAUGUGCUUUCAGACCAUGUGUAUGUGUUUGUUUGUUUAUUUAUACAGAAGAUGCACCCAUUUACAAGGGGGUCCUGUUAGAAAAUAAAACAAUUACAAGUUAAACAACACAACAAGUACAUGUGUGCUUCAAACUCAGUCAGCAGCCUACAACCUGAACAACAAAAACAAGACGCAUCUCUGUGUUAAUGUGGACUAAAGGAAAAACAAUGGCAAGAGGCUCUUAGCAAUUCCCAAAAACGAUCUUUAUAGCUAGAAAAGGAGAGAUUGUCAAAUUCCGUCUUCAUGCUUUAAGUAACAAUUCCACAUUUUUGGUAAGUAUUGAAUGCAGAACAAUGUAGGCAUGGUCUGUGUAGCAUCGAAAAACCAUUAGCUGAAACGUUCGCCUGCGUGAGUUUUCCAAAAAAAAAAAAAAAAAAAAAAAAAAAAAAAAAAAGCUUUGUUUUUUAAAAAUUUUAUAAAUCGAGCCUCAAAUCUAGGAAUUAAAUUCCGUUGAAAUACUGGCCCUGUUAAUAUGUUAGGAAGCUGUAUUAAAAAAAACAAACAAAAGGAACAAAUUCAUAGAAUUCCUGCCAGCCCAGACACACAACCUGUCGCCUGUCAUUCUCGUCAGUCCUGCUCUAAUGAAGAUGGGGCUCCAAUUAGCGAAUAUUUCAGUUUCUCAGUCUUGCUGUACCGCAGUGCAGCGGCAGUGGUUCAUGAAGAUUUGAGGACAGGGUCUGUCUCGCUGAGGGAAAAUAAUGUCGGUGUAAACACUGCGGACGUGCCACUCUGCAUGCUUUUCCAAAAGCUUUUGGAAAACGAGAUGAGAUCAACCAAUGGGGGAAUUGGGGGGGGCAACGCGAUCAGACGAGGUCCGUAAUGAACUGCAAUGGGAAGGGGGCUGAUAUUUUAAUUAGUACAGAUGGACAAAAUAUAACUGAGUGAAAAAAAAAAAUCAUCAAUUUUAGAAAGCCAGUUGUGUUUUAAUCUUCUUUGAUAAUACUUUAAAAUAAUGGUUGCAAAUGCAUGUAAAUGUUAACUCAUGCAUGAAUGCCUGCCUCAUACAUGUGAUCAACAAAAUUUGUUCCAAUGGAUAUGGGUAAUUAAAUCACAUGAAUUAACAGGGCUGAAUUAAAAAUGGAUUGCUUCAGAGGAAGUGCAGAAGAUAUUCAGGGGUUAUUCUUGUGGUAAUCCAUCUCAAUUCAGUAUGAAUUUGUGGCUGUUUAAAGUGGUACUGCUUCUUUAGUGCAGCACAGCCUUACAAAACAACUGCAGGGCUUGCGCACCUGGGAGUGCGGUUCUGUAGCUGUGUAAUUAAGAGAAGAUCCUCAACACCCUUGAGUCGAAUACUGAAUACUUUCUAGCCAAGAAUUCUUUGUAAUCGGGGCAGCAGAGUUUGCUGUGCAUGAAUUUGGUCAGGUACACAGUUUGGCAGCCCUGCAGCUCCAAAAGGCUUUUGUUGUUCAAACUAUGAUUCAGUGGCUAGGGUUGCCCAUUUGUAUUGUUAUUGUAGUUGCUUUGCAUUCCUUUUCGCUCUCUCAUUUAGUCCCUCCUCCCCCACCUUUUGUUGGUUAUAAGGGCUGGGGAGAAAGGAGGCACUAGAUAUGGGUUUGCAGUCAACAUGAGAUGCAAAACCUGAACAAGUUCCAUCAUGUGCCACUUUAUGGAUAUGCUGGCUGAGGAAAUCCUGAAACCUGUUAUGUGUUCCGAGAGGGUUGGCCAAGUGACGAAAACAUACCAUGACAUCGACGCAGUGACGCAGCUGUUGGAAGAGAAAGAGCGUGAUCUGGAAUUGGCGGCCCGUAUCGGCCAGUCUCUCCUCAAACAGAACCGCUCCCUGUCUGAGAGGAACGAGUGUCUGGAAGAACAGCUUGAACUGACCAAAGAGGAGGUCGCUCAGUUGAGGCAUGAAGUCCAGAUGAGAGAUGACCUCCUGCACCUGUACACCAGCAGUGCGGAGGAAAGCGAGGCCUGCUCCACAACAACAAUGCCACUGAGACCUAACGAAUCGACAGCCUCGCUCCAAAGCUGCUUCCACUUCGAUUUCCUGCAGCAGAAACUCAAAGGGCUGGAGGAAGAGAAUGUGAAACUACGCACAGAGGCCACUGACUUGGAAGCCGAAACAACAAACUUUGAAGAGCAGGAGCAGCAGUUAGUGAUCGACUGCGUACAAGAACUGACGUCGACCAGCAAGCAGAUGGCAGUGCUGUCGGAGGAGCUUUCCCGCAAGGUGGAGGACACUGUGAGGCAGCAGGAGGAGAUCAGUCAGCUGCUGGCCCAGAUUGUGGACCUGCAGCAUAGGGCCAAAGCGCUGUCGAUGGAAAACGAAGAGCUGAACCAGCAUUUGAGCGCCGCGAAAGAAGCCCAAGAGCAACUGAAAUCCGAGCUUGGAGACCUCCAGGAGAAGUAUUCCCAGUGUGAGGACAUGCUCCGCGAAGCACGGGAGGAGAUUAAAAACCUGCGGAACAAAAGCCUGCCCAACAGCACCAUCAACCGCUACAGCGCCCUCAACGUCUUCCCCAUGGACUCCCUGGCUGCGGAGAUUGAGGGCACCAUGCGCAAGGGGCUGGACAGCCCUGCGCCUCCCGAAUUCAAGAAUCAUCACAAGCGGGUGUUUGAGACGGUCAAGUCUGUGAACCAGCUGGCCAAGCUGCGCUCCCGCUGCCAGUCCUCACGGAUCCCAGGGUCCGGUCAGUCCUCUGCUGCCCCCUCCUCCCUGUCCAGCCGGAUCAGCACACCUCUGUCCAGCCGGAUCAGCACACCUCUGUCUAGCCGGAUCAGCACACCUCGGACCAGCUACUACAGCUCGGACAACGGCAGUGUGGUCCUGGAGGACAAGCCUCUGAGCAGCCAGCCAGCGCCCAACGCCACACACUCUGAGGGGCAGGAUAAGAGGCUGGGGCAGCCUGGUACUCCCGGGGGUCACGACCUGGAAGCGGCCCUGCGCCGGCUGUCUGCACGGCAGGAGAGUCACGCCUCGGAGCGGCCGUUCUUCGACGAGGAGCGUGAGCGCAAACUGAGGGCCCUGUCGGCCGACACGGACCCCUCCAGCGGCUUCCUCACCCCCAACGAGAGCGUCCUCUCCAUCGGCACCAACUACUCGGGCAGCUCCGGCUUCUCCCAUGGCUCCCGAUCCUACCUCCCGGACCGGCUGCAGAUCGUUAAACCCCUGGAAGGCUCAAUGACCCUGCAUCACUGGCAGCAGCUGGCCCAGCCCAACCUGGGAGGCAUCCUGGACCCUCGGCCCGGAGUGCUGACUAAGGACUUCCAUCAGCUGGACGUUGACCUGCAGGAGGUGUACAGCCUCAAUGACCUGGAGGAGGACGAGGUGGACCUGGGUUCGUUCAGGGUACUGGCCAGCUCCUCCCCACUGCCCGGUCGGCACCCCAGCAGGGUGUCUCAGUCCAGUAAUAACCUGCCCCAGACCCCGCCCACCGACACCAUCACCACCUGUCGGAUCAUGCAUCCCUCAGUCAAGCACGCUUCCGUCACUCGGAGCCUUCUUAAUGGAGGUCUGCCCUCUUGUGGGAGCUUUGGGAAGUUAAGCACCUCCCAGGCCGGCCCCCACCGCAGGCUUUUCUGCUGCGAGUCCUCCACUAACCUGCGGGAGCACACCAAGAUGCUCAGCACUUCCCUGGGGCUCGUUCGGCUGCUGCAGGAAAGCGGGAUCUCAGCUGACGUCUACACGCCAGACCGAGCCAGGGAAGAGCCGCGGGCCGCCCACUUCGGUGGAACCUGUCCUGGCGAUAGCCAAUCAGAUGAGACGCUGACACCAGCUACCUCCCCCAUCACACUGAAGUGUAACAGUCUGCUUGUUAAGACUUUCCCAGGCUCUCGGUCUGUUCCAUCCGUGCAUGAGGGGGAGGACUCUGGUAGCCCAUGUGAAGAGAAUAUUUUCAGCUUCAACUUGGUGGAAAAGUUGCAAGGCCUGGGUUUGGACAAGGUGGUGGCGAGAGGAGUUAUUCCAUCCAAGCUGCUGGACAGAGGUUGUCAAACCCAGGCAACAGAAUGAAGAUUUCCAAACAUUUUGUCCACCAGUGGGCGUCGUAAUAAAUGCAAGGACUGAGCAAUAUUUAAAGGGGCACUUUAAAAUACUGUAAUGUAAGCUAGUCAUCACUAAUUCAUUUUUUUAAAUAAAAUAAAAUUGUACAUAUGGAUGUUUUACACAUUCGAGUUUAUUACUGUGCUGCUCAAUUGAAAAUACACAGAAGUUUGAGGCAAUAAAUACACUGCAAGACGCAGUUUUCAUGUCAUUUGAAUAAACUCAUUCAGUAAUAUAGAAGGCUAAAUUGAGACAUCACAGUGGUAGUAGACUGAAUCCUAAAAAGCAGAAGUGGAUCUGUAUUGAGAGAGUAGUCGUGAUAUUGUGUGUUACCACUGGCCAGCAUUUCAGGGUUUCAUUUAAAGAUCUCUGGUCCUAAAGACAUUAUCAGGGGUCGUGGAUAAGUAAGCAGAGGGAAUAACACACUCAGUUUCUAAAGCAAUGUCAUUUUAAUAUUGUUAAGCCACACAACAACAAUGCCUAAAACCGGACCCUAAAACCCUUCUUCGUUUGUGCCUUACUGUGCUGAUCACUCCGUCAAGGGUAAGUAGGGGCAGGGGUGGUGACAUAGCGCCAGAUUGCUAGUGCUCCCUUUAAAUGUUGCUCUUUUGAAUUUUCCAAACCAAAAGAAAAGAGAGACUUUUGCCCUGAGCGAACGCCUUCAAGAGGAUCGGAUCAGAUCGAAUUUAACCUUGCGAGAGCAGAACUCUCCCUACGCUUUUCAAAAAUGCAAUACCUGUUUUGUUUCAGAUCCGCAGAUCAGCGUUUUGUAGUAUGUGGAGAGUUUUGUGUACCUGUGCUGUGUAGGUUUUUUUUUUUUUUUUUUUUUUUUGCCAAGGACGCAUGUCAUUUUCGAACAGACUCACCUGUUCGCCAAAAGUAAGCCAGGACGGACUAAUGCACUGCAAUCCUGUCGUUUGGUUCAGGUGGCCACAAGUGUGGAAGUCGGUGGGCAACUAGCACGGUGACCAGGACAGUGUGCAACAAGCACAUGGGGCUGUAUUACCUUCUGGUUCCAGUAGGAGACUAAUUACAAAUCCCGUGUGUAAACAGGAAAGCAAAAGCAUGCAGAGUGUUGUUUUAUAUUAAAACAUGGAUUUGGGGAGCGUGG